UAUAUAUAUAUAUAUAUAUAUAUAUAUAUAUAUUUUAGUGGGGUGAGGACAUGAUUUUGGCCUGGCACGCGCACCUUUCACGCCCCCCCCAGGCGACACAACCGAUGCUUCCACGUCAGCGCGAGCUGUACGGGUGUGAUUGUCGCGCGCUCGCGCGCGCGACGUACUGAAGCCACGCCCACUGUCACUGUUGACGAAUGAAGAUGGAGCGGCAACUAGCAGAUAUGGAAAUGAUGACCCCGCUGAUGGAAGAGGUGGGAGGAGAAGAGAACUCGGAUGAGGAGAGCACCAAUGAGCAACAAUCACAAGGCAUCACUUUCACUCAGACCUUACUUCAUCUCUUAAAAGGGAACAUCGGCACAGGGCUGCUUGGAUUGCCGCUGGCACUGAGGAACGCUGGGAUACUGUUGGGCCCAGUGUGUUUGGUGGUGAUGGGAGUGGUGUGUGUUCAUUGCAUGCACAUCUUGGUGAACUGCAGCCACCAACUGAGUGAGAGGUUAAAGAAGUCACCUCUUAGUUAUAGUGAGACAGUAGCAGUUGCCAUGGAGACAAGCUCCUCCCACUGCCUAAGGAGAGGUGCCAAUUUUGGCAGACUGUUGGUGAACUUCUUCCUGGUUUUGACCCAGCUGGGAUUCUGCAGUGUGUACUUCGUCUUCCUGGCAGAGAACAUAAAACAGGUGGUAGAGGGUCACUACAUUAACUCAUCCUCUUCAUCAUCAGAAGCAGUAUUAGCAUUUUACUCCAACAGCUCAGAAGGGGGCGGAGCUCCUGUUGUUUCCACAGCGCUGGGGCUGGACCAGCGAGUGUAUAUGCUUCUUCUUCUUCCCUUCCUCAUCCUUCUCACCUUCAUCAAAGAACUGAGCAACAUGGCACCUCUGUGUGCCGCAGCCAACCUCGCCAUGGCCGCUAGCCUCACGCUUAUAUACACCUACAUUCUCACUGAUGUUGGUGACCCCAGGAAGCUCCCAUACGUCUCCACAUGGAAUAAGUUCCCCUUCUUUUUCGGAACUGCCAUCUUUGCCUUUGAAGGGAUAGGAGUGGUUCUUCCUGUAGAGAAUCAGAUGCGUGAGCCGAAGCGCUUCCCCUGUGCUCUAGAUGUCUCCAUGAGCAUCGUCAUUGUCCUCUAUGUUUCCUUGGCGACCCUUGGCUACCUCCGCUUCGGUGAUGACAUCAAAGGAAGCAUCACGCUCAACCUGCCACAUGACUCCUGGUCUAAUCUUCUGGUGAAGGUUCUCUACUCUUUCGGAGUAUUUGUGACGUUUGCCGUUCAGUUCUUUGUUGCGGCAGAGAUCGUGGUACCUGCCGUCUGUGAGCGUGUUUCAGAAAGAUGGAGACGACACACUGACUUGUGUACUCGAGCACUAUUGACCUGCAUUACCUGUGCAGUGGCUGUUCUCGUCCCUCGUUUGGAUCUGGUGAUCUCACUGGUGGGUGCAGUGAGUAGCUCCGCCCUGGCGCUCAUCUUCCCGCCCCUGGUGGAGCUGAUCGCUUGCUCCGCUCGUCCGUCGGCGCUCCUUUUCCUGAAGGACCUGUCCAUCGCUCUGAUCGGAUUCCUCGGCUUCCUCACCGGAACCUAUGUCACGGUGGGUGAGAUCCUGUACCCGUCUCCAUGACGAUGAUCACGAAGACACACUUACUGCCCCAUGCAGUGGUAACUGUGAUACUGCAUUGUGUGUCACACUCUCUCUUUCACACACACUCACACUCCUGGAGAAAAAAAAAUACACGGGUCGACACUUUUUAUAACUUUUAUAAAUGAAUUUUUUCAUUCCAGCAGCACACACUGCCAUCCCUCACCCUGUGUGUGUGUAUGUGUGUGUGUGAGAGAGAGAGAGAGAGAGAGAGAGAGAGAAAUAAGACCAUUGAUAUCUGCACCAUGGGGUGCAUUACAUUCCUCCUGUUGUGUGUAUGUGUGUGUGUGUGUGUGUUCUAAACACUGCCCUAUACACUGUACUGUAUAUACCAUUUGAUUAAACUGAUUUGUUAUUAAUAAAUUCAUCA